CCGAAUAUAAUUUAGGGGAAAAAACAAAAACAAAAGAAGAGCCAUGACUUUAUUGCUGGCCAUUGCCGUCUUCAGUUGUGUGUUCGUCGCUGGCCAAACGGCACCGCAAGAUCAGCCAUGGAUGGAAGAUGUCGUUUCGUAUUCUGGCUUUCAGCUGUGGUCGGCCACGCCUCGCAACGCGACAGAACGUGAAUUCCUCUUGAAAAUCCGACAAGAUUACGAACUGGAAGUGUGGAGAGAACGCAGAUCGGACAACAGUCCGGUGGAUCUUUUAAUAUCACCUGAUUUCCAGACGGAAUUGAAAUUGCGAUUGGCCGAUGCGCAAAUCCCCUACGAAGUGAAGAUCGCCGACAUGCAGACGGAGAUCAACAACGAAAAUCCCAACAUCACCGACAGCGGCACCGAAUUCGAAAAUCGAUUCACGGCUCGUUUUAAGCGGUAUAUGGCUGCCUUUAUUUCUUUCAUUCCCGGCCAUCGAAUGGACUGGAAUAGUUAUCAUCGUGUGGAAGAUAUUUACGGGUAUUUAAAUUACUUGGCCGACUCGUAUCCGAGGCUCGUUCAGCUAGUCAGCAUCGGCAGUUCGUUCGAAGGUCGUCCGCUUUACGUUGUUCGCAUUUCUUCCUCAUCGUCCGGUAGCAAACCUGCCAUUUGGAUAGACGGAGGGAUUCACGCUCGAGAAUGGAUUUCGCCAGCAGUGGCCACCUAUAUUAUUCAACAGUUAGUGGAGGUAGCCGAUAACGAGAGGCUGUUGCGCAAUGUCGAUUGGUACAUUAUGCCCGUCAUGAAUCCCGACGGUUACGAAUAUACCCACGCCAAUAAUCGCCUGUGGCGCAAAACUCGUUCGAUGACCGGGUCACGUUGCCGAGGCGCCGAUCCCAAUCGUAAUUUCGGUUACCAGUGGGGCGGUAAGGGAACGAGUCGAGAUAAGUGUUCGGAAAUUUAUCACGGGGGCAACGCCUUUUCGGAGCCAGAAACGCGCGCCGUUUCGAAUUUCAUCAGCGGAAAAGCCAAUCAAAUUCAAGUUUACCUGACUUUGCAUAGCUACGGUCAAUACUUCCUGAUUCCAUGGGGUUAUGCCGUUGAAUAUCCAGCUGAUUAUAAUGAGAUGCGAGAUCUCGCUCAAGCGGCCGCUUCUAAAUUCCGCCGCUACAAAUAUACCGUUGGCAAUUCGGCUGACCUUCUCUAUCCAGCUGCAGGCGGCUCGGAUGACUGGGCGAAAUCUAUCGGUAUCAAGUACAGCUACACAGUCGAGCUGGCCGAUACGGGCAACUACGGAUUCAUUCUGCCCGCUUCGUUUAUUCAACCCGUGUGCGAAGAUUUCUUCCCGGCGCUCGAGGUCUUUGCCGAUAAAGUGGCCACCAUCAAAGUUUAACGUCAUUAGAUUAGCAAGAUUGAUUUAUUGUUCAAAUUUCCGUUUCGUCUCUAGUUUUGUUUAAGUUAUCGAAAUACAACGCUUGGAUGCUGCA